AUGCUGGAUACAAUUAUUAAGAAUGGAUUAAUUGUCACGGAAAGCGGCGUGCUUCCCGAGGGACAAAGCAUUGGUAUUUCCGAUGGCAAGAUAUCUGUCAUAGGAUAUGACAUCCCAGAAGGCCUUGGUACAGAAGUAAUUGAUGCUCAGGGCGCAUACAUCACUCCAGGAGGCGUGGAUUCACAUGUCCAUCUCGCCCAAAGGAAUGCGCCGACCGGAGAUAACUGGGAGGCUGGGACUCGCAGUGCUGUUGCCGGAGGCACCACAACCGUCCUAGCAUUUGCAUCGCAGACAAAAGAAAUGACGUCGCUAUUUCCAGUUCUAGAAGAUUAUCAUGAGAAAUCUCGCGGGCAGACUUAUUGCGAUUACGGAUUCCACUUCGUGCUCACGAAUCCCAACGAAUCGAUUCUUCGAGAUGAACUUCCCAUACUUGCGAAGGAAGAAGGCAUUACAAGUGUCAAACUGUACAUGACAUAUGAAUUGUACAAGCUAUCAGACCGUCAGCUACUUGAGACCAUGCUAGCAUGCCGGUCGCUAGGGUUAACCACGAUGAUUCACGCCGAAAACGGGGACAUGAUCGACUUUCUGAUUCAAGGACUCGAAAGGAAUGAGAACACAGCUCCUUUCUUCCACGCCAUUGCUGGCCCCAAGAUAGCCGAAGACGAAGCUUCAUAUCGCGCGAUCAGGCUUGCAGAGCUAGUCGAUGCUCCGGUUUUACUCGUUCACGUCUCUUCUGAUGGUGCGAUGAAACACAUUAGGGAUGCACAGACAAGGCUGUUACCCAUCCAUGCGGAAACAUGUCCACAUUAUCUGUUUCUCUUGUCGGAAAAGCUAGCUAAUGAGGAACAUGACCACUUCCAUGGUGCCAAGGGCAUAUGUUCGCCUCCUCUUCGUCAUCAUCCAGAGGAUCUCGAGGCUCUCUGGAGGGGCAUUGCCAAUGAUACAUUCACGGUCUUCUCGUCAGACCAUGCCCCGACAAAAUAUGAUCACCCUCAAGGAAAGAAAGCUGGUAUUAUCAAUGGUAUCCCCAGAUUCAGCAAGAUCCCAAAGGGCAUUCCCGGCAUCGAAACUCGGCUUUCUCUUCUUUUCAGCGAGUCGGAAGGCUGUCUGCCUAAAGAUCAAGCUCGUUUGAGUCUCGCUCGGUUCGUUCAACUCACGGCCGGCAACCCUGCCAGGCUGUAUGGGUUGACGGCAAAGGGUGCCAUUCUGCCAGGGUAUGACGCGGAUCUUGUGAUCUGGCACCCCAAGAACGAGGGAGAGAGAGUCAUAUCUCAGACUGCUCUUCAUCACAGCGUGGAUUACACGCCUUUUGAAGGCAUGCCCGUGAAGAAUUGGCCUAGGCUCACCAUCCUACGUGGCGAGAUCGUUUGGAAUGCAGAUGAGAACCGGGUUACCGGCGUUAAGGGCUUUGGCAAGUUCAUCAAACGACGUACCGGCCGUGUUCUGGUUGGAAAACUAGGUGGUCUUCCAGCUGGAAUGAAUGAAGGUGAGCGUGAUCUGUGGAAGCCCAAGUCAUGA